CCAAGCUUGAGGAGACACUAUCAUGGCAGGUUUUAUUGUAAUAACAAGGAGAAUCCAUGACUGCUUUGGUAAUCUUACGGCAGUGUAGACGAGUAUAAAGAACAUGCAAUGCCAAUUGCCAUCUGCCAGCCAGCCAGCCACCAGUAAGCAGCAGCCAUGGCAGUACGUGUGUUUCUUGUAUUCGGGAUUCUCCUAGUAUGCCUUGCUCAGGUUUCAUCUGAUCUCAAGCUAGAAGAAGACAUAACCUUCCAGGAGGUCUCUCUAAUUGUGAAAGAUGGAAACAGAAGGCUGAUGCAGGAGAUUGAUUGUGGAGGAUUGUGCAAGCAGAGGUGCAGCCAGCACUCGAGGCCAAACCUAUGCAACAGAGCAUGUGGAACUUGUUGUGCAAGGUGCAAGUGCGUCCCACCUGGGACGUCAGGGAACAGGGAGGUUUGCGGGACAUGCUACACUGGCAUGACCACCCAUGGAAACAAGACCAAAUGCCCUUAAUCAGGGCACCCUGCCCUAGCAGCUGGGUAUGGCCCCCACCAGGGUUAAAUACUAAUGCCCCUUUUACAACUACUCUGCUUUUGAAAAUGGAUCAGAUUCCUGUUGUCUCCCGCAAAUAUUAGGUUCGAUAAUUGGAAAAAUGAGUGUACGUAAUGUAGUUGUGAACUUUAAGAUAAUGUAAGUUCUUGUGGUAAACCUUUAUGUUUAUGAUUAAUCCGUUUCAUAGGUUGGAUAGGUAGUGAUAUGUGUUGUCAAACAUUAUUUGCAUUUAGUGGAGAGUUUGAUAAUUGAAGUGGUUUUAUCAUUAAUAAAAAAAAUUUUGUACU